AUGCUACGCCAAGACGAUACGCCCAAGGCAAGUCGAACCGCCACCCGCCUGCUGCGCCGCAAGCCACAGUUGGUCCAAGAGGUAUGGAAGAUCUUUUUGGAGACCGGUGGCACGGUCACCAAACACGACCCGACGAUGGACAUGUCCACCCGCACAAUGCUCCCGACGACGCCCACCAUCGUGAGCAACAUUCAAGAAUUCGUCCGGCUGUGCCGCCAAGCUCGUGUCAGGACGGUGGCCAAGGACGUGGCCCAUUUUCUCCGGCCCCAGCGCAUUUUGUUCUUCGAUCCUGAGUCGGAUCUUUCCACCGAAGCGGCCCUGCGGUCGAUACAACGGGUCCUGGCCAAACUCGGCUACAAGCGCGGGAAGAAGAAAAAGAGCCUCGGCCUACGGAUUGAUGAUUUUGACCUUGAGGUCAAAGAAAAGCACAAAGGUUAA